AUGGCCUUGCUUCGCGAUGUGCCCACUGGUUUGUCCUUAGCAGCCACUUUGUCGAAAUUAACCCUAACAUCACCAUCACCCGGGUACUUCCCAGCACUUUGCUUAACACUAUCUGCGCUGUGCUUGUCUUUUAACCCAAGGUCUUUAAACUGUGGAUCAAAGGAGACGAGUAAGUCAAACUUGAGAAGACACAUGCGAGAACAAGCAUCCAACAGUGAACAUAUCAACAACAUCAUGGUCAUUGUUGUUGAUAUGUUCACUGACACAGCCACGAGCACUACUACCAUAAGCACAAUCUUCAAUGUCAAUAAUCCCGUUUCGGAGACACAACGGCUGGGACGGCAACAAGGGGGUCUGGUGCUAUCGUUGUCACUGUUGGUAUGGCAACUACUUGCUGCAAAUUUGGUUUAUGGUGCAGCUGGAAUCGUGGCAGAUAACUAUAAUUCUGCGGCCAUGGGAGUUGGAGACAGAACAUACAGUGGCGGUCAGUAUGCUUCAACAAAGGAUAAUGCAGUUGCGAACACACUUGCUGAUUAUCUAAAAGGAUACAGAGGGAGUAGUGGUAGUGGCAUCGGGAUGAAUGACUUUACCCACCGUCACGACCAGCAACAAGAGUCUAUAGUGGAAUACCAUCAAGCUCAGUACGGAAGCAACCAAAAUCGAUAUGGAAGCAGCGGUAGUGGUGGUGGGGGAGGAGUUGGUGGCAGCGGUGGUGAUGAACAACAAAGCCACAUCUCUGCUGGGUAUCAACCGAGGACAUACCAUCAGUCUCCUGUGUCAGAAGAGUCGGAGCAUUCAUAUGAGGUUCCUCCUCCUCCUCAUCAUCAUCAUCAUCAACAUCAAAGCGACAUUGAUAAGUUCGGGGAAAAUAAUUUCUCGCAUCAAUAUGGACAAGAAUCUUCUGAGAGCGGUGGUGGUAGUGAUGGUGCUUACCAUUCAGCUAGUGGUAAUGAAGGGUCUUCAUCCAUUGAUUAUCACCAAAACCAUCCGGAACUUUCCACUUCUCAGCAUCAGCAUACGGAUGUAAUUAACUACGUACCCUACCCGGUAGUUAAGAAGGUUCACAUACCCUAUGCAAAGCCUGUGCAAAUUCCCAUUUCAAAUGCCAUCCUUAUACCAAUUCGUCGGCCAGUUCCGAUACACAUUCCAAUAACGAAACAGAUUCAAGUUCCAGUCGAGAGGGAACUUAAGAUCCCAGUUGAAAAGCUGGUGCCGUAUCCGGUUGAGAAGCAUGUACCGGUGCCAGUGGAGAAACAUGUGCCUUAUCAAGUUGUGAAGUAUGUGCCGGUAAAAGUGCCCAAACCAUAUGCGGUUAAGGUUCCUGUUGUAAAAACAGUUGUGCACAAGAUUAAACAGUGGUGGUAGGACAAUGUGUUGUCAAUGUGGUUGCUUGGAUGUAUAGGUUUAAGUUUUUUUCUUAUUUUGCUUAAUAAAUUUAAAUUAUAGAUUUGUGAUAAAAUAAACAUUUUGAAAGUUUAAUAAAAUGCUUGUCUAUUUGAAAAUAUUCCUUAUGUACAAAAUUUCAUUUAUUGAUAAUACUAGUAUAUGUUGUUGGGAAAUAUUCCGAUUUGCGAUAGGUACAUGAACUUAAGUUCGUAAAAGGAUUUUUCAGUCUCAGAUUUUCUAAGGUGUGAAAUCUUACACAAGCUUGGACAUGACCAGCUCAACCAUAAGGGUGGAAUUUUUGAUGCAUUUUAAUAUGAGAUAUGCAUAUGGAGGUUGAGAAAUAACCAA